AUGAUGGUGUUAGGGGUGGAAGAGGAGGACGGUGAAGAAGACGAAGAAGAAGAGGAACUAGAAGAGGAACUAGAAGAGGAACAAGAUGAAGUGAAGGAAGUGGAGAAGGAUAAGGAAGAAAAGGAAGAACCAGUUACAGCAGAAGAAGAUAACCCCUCAGAUGAAGAAGCAGCUGCUGCUCCUGCUGCAGAUAGUCCUCAAGAACCUGCUCCUGCUCAGUACUUUGGAAUGCUUCGUAAGACAAGAAAAAGUUACAGAAGAACUCCUAAAGCACUUGGUCCAACCUUAGAACAGCAGAUUGUUGACCAUGUGGACCCGGUUGAUCCACAUGAAUAUUACAUUGUAAAGGAACGCAAACCUCGUUCUACGCCUAAAACAAGGAGGAAAAGGGAAUGUCCCGGCCGUUGUCGUGGUGUUGGUCGUCGUCGUAUGAUUAUUGAUAUUCAUUUAGAAGUCUUAAACGAAUGUCAAAAAAGCGAUCUGCAUUCGACGAAAGAAAACUUUUUUGAAAUUUUGGUUCAAGAAUUUAUGGGAAGCGAUUUCAUAAAAGAAGAAAAUGUUCUUAAUGAAUGUGUUCCUAAGGAACAGGUUCCAGGUUCAGAUUCCGGGUUUAGGGAGGAAAGACUUUCUUCCUAA